AAUUCACUAGCGUGGAGCUGUUGACGGGAACCGGCACCAUCACAAUGAGAAGCAGUCCCGUGGCCGCCUGUUCUCGACUCUUUGUCAGUUGCAUCCCGGGACCUGCACUCGAAAAGGCAAUGUGCAAGAGGAUGGCAGCAAUGGAGAAAUCUUUUCGAACCUUCAUCUUCAAUGCGUUUGUCAUCUAUUUCGUUGUCCUCUACUUCGGUGUUCAUGGAAAGACAAUUAACUCCUACGCGGGGCCAUGGAAUGUUGUCGUUGAAAAGAUGUAUGACUGCGGGGCGAAACACAACUGGUCAGUGAGUAUGAGGUUCUCUCACUACAACCCUGCCAGGCAUUCAGAAUUGCAACACGCACGAGGUUGGUUCAACGCCACUACUCCCAUGACAGACGACACAUGGAUGCAUGUAGCUUUAGACGCUUGGAGCAACAACAUGUGGAAGGAAAACGCAUUCGUAUUUAAGUUCAGCAACCAUGGAUGUUCGGUAGCCUGGAAGUACGUGCCGGAUGUCUUGCAGCACUUUUUCCCCGGGGCCAGACACACUUCACCGUGCAUACCCGUGGGUUUAUACGAAACCGACGCACCCGUGCGUUGGUCGGUGCCCUCCAUUCCCGUCAUGGUCUACGGACAAUACCGCUACCGAAUGUCAUCAGGUUACCUGCAGCAGCCAGCGGAGGCUAUCAUCUGCAUCGAGGGCCGUGUCAUUCCGAAGACGUAUUAGAAACGCAGCUUUCGUUGGCGUAGUCCAACCAUCGAUAUUUUACGAAUUGCACUCUCGCCGUGGAUCAGCCUUCCAUGGACGCCUCCCUGGCCGCGGCCGCCCGCAUCUGCGCGCACCCUCCGCAUACUCCGCAGCCCAGCGUCGCGGAAGCCGAAUUGAAAAGAAAAAUGUCGC